UACCUCAAGCCACGGGAUGGAUCAGUUCGAUCACGAGGAAGCAAGCGUUCUCUACAGCCCCGGAAGGGAACCCAAAAUCGUUCCGAACGUAAACGCCAACGUGCGCAAGGAAACCAGAUGGACGUUUUGGUUGAUCACGGCAAGUAUUUCAACCACCUUCGGAGCUGCAGUGCCCACGGGCUACAAUAUUGGCGUUAUCAAUGCACCGGCUAAUUACAUCAAAAGCUGGUGCAAUGAUACCAUUUUUGAAACGUACGGUAGCAUCUUUACCGAGGGUAAUCUGGAAACGUUUUGGUCAGCGGUCGUAUCAAUCUUCCUGAUCGGUGGCGUUAUAGGUUCGCUGGGUGGUGCAUGGGUUGCUGACAGACUUGGCAGGAAACGUUCCUUUCUUUUAUGUGGGUUUCUGCUGUUCUUCGGUGGACUUUGCUUCCAGUUUUGCCAGACGCUUAGUUCCGUCGAGCUUCUGAUGAUCGGUCGCUUUGUUGUUGGCCUUGCAGCUGGGCUAACGACCAGUACCGUCCCGAUGUAUCUCACCGAGCUAGCUCCGCUAGGUCUACGCGGUGCCCUCGGUGUGUUCUGCUCCAUGGGUGUUACCGGUGGCGUGGUGGUUGGGCAGAUUAUAAGCUUGGAAGAAAUUUUCGGCACCGAUGAUCAUUGGCAGUUUGCGCUCAGCUUCUACGUCAUUCUGGUCGUAAUUUUUUUCGUGCCCUAUCCCUGGCUACCGGAAAGUCCCAAAUAUCUGUUCGUCAUUCGGCGGCGCCAGGAUGAGGCAGUGAAUGAGCUGAAGCGUGUGGCGGGUCGAAAAGUCCGGGACGAGUAUGUGCGGGAGCAGAUCGAUAUCAUGCGGAGGGAGUGUACGCCAACGAACGACGAGGAAGCGGUUGGCGAUGGCAGUAGUACAGCGGCCCAAAAACCAAAAGAACGGACCGUUUGGUCGGUACUGCGAGAUCGAACGCUGUUGCUGCCGCUCGUACUGGUUUGUGCCUUACAAGGUGGCCAACAGUUGUCCGGAAUCAAUGCGGUGUUCUUUUACUCCGUUUCGAUAUUUGAAUCGGUUGGCUUGAGUUCAACAGAUGCAAAAUUUGCAAACCUCGGUGCCGGUUGCCUCAAUCUGUUCGUUGCCUUCUUUAGCCCAAUCUUGAUGGCAAAGUUCAACCGGCGCUUCCUAGCCCUAACGUCCUGUGCGAUGUGUGCAAUAUUUCUUUUCUGUCUCACCUUCAUCGUGUUCUUUAUUGACGAUGUGGAAUGGUUUUCCUACGCUAGUAUCGUAGCCAUUCUAUUGUAUAUUCUCUUCUAUCAAAUUGGUCUUGGACCAAUCCCUUACUUUAUCGGUUCUGAACUGUUCGAAGUUGGUCCACGACCAGCAGCAAUGGCCUUGGGCAGUUUAUCAUCCUGGGGUUGCAAUUUCCUCGUGGCAAUGCUGUUCACCACGCUACAAAGUGCCUGGGGAGCGUUCGUGUUCCUGCCGUUUGCGUGCACAUGCGUUGCAUUGACCGUACUGCUGAAGCUCUAUCUGCCCGAGACGCGCGGUAAACACAUUUCGCAGAUUGUGCCGCUCGUCACGAAAGGAUUCAGCUCCAAGCCGCUAGUGCCUUAAGUUGCCGCACCCUGCCACAGCAAUAAUGACAAGCAAAGAAGCUACACAGAAACAUGUUGUGAU